UCUCUGGACCCAGGCCCAGGUGAGGGUGGGGUGAGGAGAGGAGCUCAGGACGCAGAUUUGCAUGGAGGCUGCACCCUCCUCUGAGGCAGAGGGGAUAAGACAGGGCUGGGGCAGGCCCAGAGCUGGGGUCUCAGGAGGCAGCACUCUCGGGAAGUCUCCACCAUGGCCUGGGCUCUGCUACUCCUCACCCUCCUCACUCAGGGCACAGGGUCCUGGGCUCAGUCUGCCCUGACUCAGCCUCCCUCUGUGUCUGGAUCUCCUGGACAGUCGGUCACCAUCUCCUGCACUGGAACCAGCAGUGACAUCGGUGGUUAUAACUAUGUCUCCUGGUACCAACGGCACCCAGGCACAGCCCUCAAACUCAUGAUUUAUGGUGUCAGUAAUCGGCCCUCAGGGGUCUCUGAUCGCUUCUCGGGCUCCAAGUCUGGCAACACGGCCUCCCUGACCAUCUCUGGGCUUCAGGCUGAGGACGAGGCUGAUUAUUACUGCAGCUCAUAUUCAAGCAGCUACUAUCGGGUAUUCGGCGGAGGGACCCGGCUGACCGUCCUAGGUCAGCCCAAGGUUGCCCCCUCGGUCACUCUGUUCCCGCCCUCCUCUGAGGAGCUUCAAGCCAACAAGGCCACACUAGUGUGUCUCAUCAGUGACUUCUACCCGGGAGUCGUCAACGUGGCCUGGAAGGCAGGUGACAGCCCUGUCAACACGGGAGUGGAGACCACCACACCCUCCAAACAGAGCAACAACAAGUAUGUGGCCAGCAGCUACCUGAGCCUGACGCCUGACCAGUGGAAGUCCCAGAAGAGCUACAGCUGCCAGGUCACGCAUGAAGGGAGCACCGUGGAGAAGACAGUGGCCCCUGCAGAAUGUUCAUAGGUCCCACCCCUCACCCCACACCCACAGGGGCCUGGUGCUGCAGGAUCCCAGGGGAGGGGUCUCUCCUCCCACCCCAAGGCAUCCAGCCCUUCUCCCUGCACUCAAUAAACCCUCAAUAAAUAUUCUCAUUGACAAUCAGAAA